AAUUCUUAUUCAACCUUUUAUGUUACAGCAGAAUUUUGUGAAUCAUUUAAAUCAAUAGCAAAACGUAAACUUCUUUAGACAUACUUCCUCUACUUCCGAUAAACUUGUGGUCUGCAUGUGAGAACAUAUCCAUGAAACCAAUAAUUCAGCAGCAUACAGCGGGUAGUAUUGUCAGUGUCAACUUUUUUCCGGACAUUCCAUUCUGCCUUAUUUUGCUACUACUGUAGUCCUGUUUUUGUCAUAUGACUUUCUUGCAUGAUUUAUUCACUUGAUAGACAUCUCAAAUAUAUAGCUAAGCACCUCUGGGUGACAAUAGAGCAUACAAAUUUUACUUCUUAUGAUACGACGCCUUGGUCUAUGAGGAGUACGCAAGGGAGAAUGCAACACUAAUUGAUCGAGAGGCAAGGAUCUUAGGGAAUAGCGAUGAACUGUAUUGAGCUGGGAAGACCGAUCGGCAACGGAGGACCUCCCUUGCGCCGCCAGAUCGAAGGAGUGCGCCCAACACGGGAAUACUAAGUCUUCGAUCCCUUCCUAAUACAAACUGGUGGCCUUUAUACUAUCAGACACCUUCCAAAACAAUCACCUAAGUAAAAAAGGAAAUACUCUUCAUAAUUAAAGGAAACUAAUCUCCUAUUUUCCUGCUUCCUCAUCCCUUGCUGAUUUUUUUCUUUUCGCCAACUGCUGGUCUACGGCGCUGGUACACCUUACCGACAAAAGUGUCGGUAACAUCUUAUAGAUGUCUUUUGAAUACAUGUAGCUAUUGUUUGAAUUCAGAAUAAGUCCCUUUCGAAUUCAGUUAUGCAACUCUCUUGCUGCUGAUCCUUGGUGUUCUUUUGGACAAAUGUCUUUCUGUCUCCUACUGUUAACUCUAUGAUUCAUUUCGGUAAAAACUCGGGAUCCUUGUAAAAGAUUUUAAGCAUGUCUUACGCUUCUCUGUUUGGUCCAUGCAGGCACUAGCAGCUGCAUCAAAAACUGUUGAUUGUCUUAAAAUGGUGCAUAGUUUGCAUGCAUUUUUUCUUGUUGCUGGAGAUAUUAACUGUAAGGCUCUCGAAACCUAUGUGAUCUCUUUCUAUCUGGCCGACUAUAUGUAAUCUGAGAACCACUUAAGUUCAUAAAGACUAACAAGCAGAAGCUUUAGUUUGGGCUCAUCUGGGGAUUCAAUUUAUUCUUCUUCUUUAUGAUCAAUUGAAUAACAGUCAGUAUAUUUAAUUCUUGCAUCUUCUCCAUAUAAGUGGUAGUAAGCGUGGGUCAGUGCACUUUCCUUUAAACCAACAAAGUUUGAUGAUCAUGGCUGUCCUUGAUUUGUCCUGCGUUGUAGUGCCAAUAAUAUAUCAAGUUCAUCGCGCGUGUGAUGGAUCCAGCUUUGCAACCAGAAAAGUGGAGGCAAAGCAGAAAGGCCUAGUUGUAUUCACUUUGAUUGCUUCUUUCCAGAAGGAAGAAAUAGGUUUCGAGCAUCAGGCUGCAAUCAUGCCUGAUGUUCCUCCUCCAGAACAGCUCCUUAAUCUGGAGGAGAUACGAGAAAGACGCCUUACUGACCCACGCAUCCCAGCGCAAUAUAGGAACUCGGUAGCUAAAAAUAAGUUCAGACCUUGGCCCAUAGAAAUGAGAUUCUGUGAAGAUUCAGUGUCUCAACAUAAACCCAUACAAAUGAGAUGUGGAGGUUCAGCGUCUCAACAUAAACCAAGGCAAGUUUGGCCUCAAAUAUUGAUAACCUAUCAAUAUUUGAUAACCGUACACCAUCUCCCUCAGUGCAAAUACUGGUCUAGAGCUCGAGGAAAGCUUUCAGAUGAUCAAGCUCUACAUAGAUGUGUUGUGGCAUAUGCUUCGGAUCUACUUUAUUCUGGUGUCAGCCUGAAUCCUCACCGGGAGAAGGAUUUGAACACAUACUCACUCAGUCUUGAUCACUCGAUCUGGUUCCACAAGCCUGUGAAGGCUGAUGACUGGUUGCUGUACGUGAUCGAGAGCCCAUCUACGCAUGGUGGCCGGGGUUUCGUCACCGGACGCAUGUUCAACAGGCAAGGAGAGCUUAUCGUGUCGCUGACCCAAGAGGCGCUGAUUAGGAGGGAGAAGACACGAGGACCAAACCCAAGGCCAAAGCUUUGAAAGGUGUACAAGAGUCUGUAGUAUGCUCUCUUUCAAUUUGGUUUAGAUACUUACGAAUUCAUUGCAUACCACGAAAUCAGACAGUA